AUGGCCGAGGCCCUGACUGUGCCCCMCGCUCAGGGGGUGGCACCCACCGUGUCCCCUCUGGCUCCUUUGCCCGCUGCCACCGUCACCGCUGUCACCGCUGUCACCACCGCUACCAUCAUCACCAUCACCGCCACCACCACCACCACGGCCACUGCCGCCAUCCGGGCCACCCACUGUCCCCAUGGCAACGAGCUGCCGGUGCUGGCUCCUUGCCGCGAUCCCCCCGCCGCACGGUGCAGCCCCCCGGCCUCGGCUGCUGAGUCACGGGUGGGAGCGCCCCCCUCUCCCCCAGCCCCCCGAAAUUUGUUUGGGGGCGCGCUGAGCCUGUCCCUCCCCAGGGGGGCUUUCUCGGUGGUCCGGCGCUGCGUCAAGCUCUGCACUGGCCAUGAGUACGCUGCCAAGAUCAUCAACACCAAAAAGCUYUCAGCCAGAGACCACCAGAAGCUGGAGCGCGAGGCGCGGAUCUGCCGGCUGCUCAAGCACUCCAACAUCGUGCGGCUCCACGACAGCAUCUCCGAGGAGGGGUUCCAUUACCUUGUCUUUGACCUGGUGACGGGUGGCGAGCUCUUCGAGGACAUCGUGGCGCGGGAGUACUACAGCGAGGCUGAUGCCAGUCACUGUGUCCAUGAGCUCUUUGCCCGCGUUCCUCCCACCCAUCACUUUGCCCCUGAGCAGAGGGAGCCGCAGGGAAGUCGCCCCCUUCCCCCACACCCCCGCUCCCCCAGCCAGGCGGGGCCCCCCUUCACCCCCAUUUCAGGGGUCAUCCUGUACAUCCUGCUGGUGGGCUACCCGCCGUUCUGGGACGAGGACCAGCACAAACUCUACCAACAAAUCAAGGCCGGGGCAUACGAUUUCCCUUCGCCCGAGUGGGACACGGUCACCCCCGAAGCGAAAAACCUCAUCAAUCAGAUGCUGACCAUCAACCCUGCCAAGCGCAUCACAGCCCACGAGGCCCUCAAGCACCCGUGGGUCUGCCAACGUUCCACCGUGGCCUCCAUGAUGCACAGGCAGGAGACGGUGGAGUGCUUGAAAAAGUUCAACGCCCGGAGGAAGCUCAAGGGUGCCAUCCUCACCACCAUGUUGGCCACCAGGAACUUCUCAGUGGGCAGACAGACCACCGCUCCUCCCACCAUGUCGGCGGCCGCUGCCGGGGCCCCGCUGGGGCUGGUGGAACAAGCAGCUAAGAGCUUACUGAACAAGAAGGCAGACGGUGUGAAGCCCCAGACCAACAGCACCAAAGGCAGCGCCGGCGUCACCAGCCCCAAGGGGACCCUCCCACCCACCGCUCUGGAGCCUCAAACUACCGUAAUUCAUAACCCYGCGGACGGCACCAAGGAGUCCUCCGACAGCACCAACACCACCAUUGAGGACGAGGACACCAAAGCCCGCAAGCAGGAGAUCAUCAAGAUCACGGAGCAGCUCAUCGAGGCCGUCAACAACGGCGACUUCGAGGCCUACGCGUGAGUGGGGCGG